UUGAAGGAUUAUCUAUAUACAUAUAAUAUCAUGCGUGUUCUUGCUAAAUUUGAGGAUUCCAAUAAGAUCAUUCAAUUAGAUUCGGAAGAAAGUUUUCGAGAGACAAUUGCAGAAACUUUUCAAAUCCCACUUUCAUCCUUCAAAGUGGUACGAUAUGACGAAGGUUUCCAGGAAUGGGUUGACAUGGAGCCAGGUGACAUAUGCAACAAUGCGAAACUGAUGGUUAUCAAGACAGGGCUGUUUACUUCACCACAGGCCUCAACUGCAACUUGCUCUACUCUCCCAUUAAAUCCACCUGGUUGUGGUAUUUCAUCAUUAGGCCUUGAUACUGAACUUCGUACACUACCGCAAGUCUCUAAUACAGCUUGCUCUACAGUCUCAGAAGAUCAACCUGAUUGCAGUAUUUCGUCAUUAGACAUUGAUGCUGCCAGCCGCAUGCGAUGCUCAACACCUUCAGAGGAAAACCUUUCCGUCGCAUCGUCACACGAUACAAUACCAAUAGACAACAUACAUGAAGAGCCACCAAAAGUUGAUGCAGCACAGUGGCCCAUGACAUUCACCUUGCCUACUCUUCCUAGACAUAUAAAGCAUCAUCUGAAUGAGCUUAAAAGUGAUGAUAAAAUGCCAUUACAGAAAAAUAUAAGGAAGGAAAUUAUAAACAUACUGUUUAACAAAAUGAGAAGUUACACUAUGUAUCCAGCUCCGUGCAACUACCAAGAGGUCGGAAGCAUGCUUGUGAAAACGUAUCCUGUCCUACGCGACAGACUUGCCAGUAGAGGAUGCUAUUAUGUUGUAUGUGACACUGAACAAGAAGACGACCAUAGCCUUGACAAGCAUAAAAAAAUAAUAGCAGAAGAAAUGAAAAAGAAGAAAGCAUCAGAUGAUGUCAUUCGUGACAGAAUGGCUCGUUGCUCAAACAGGAGACGGCUUGACAUUGUUCAUGGCAAGUCAACAUGUGAUGUACUUACAGAUUAUCCUUGCCUUGGACUUUCGAAAUGGAUACUUGAGGAGAUGAACAUGUUGUGUAACGUGAAGAUCGUUGAGCAACUCUCCUCAGAGAACACUAUAGCAGUCAUUCGCCGCCUGAAAAAACUAUCAUUGGGGAAAUGGCAGAAAAUACCGAGCCUAGUCAAACGAUUAAUAGAUGAAGAAGAAAUAUGCUGGCUAAUGACUUUGCCCUCUUUAUGGAAUGAGGAUGAGCUAGUAUUAGAAAAGAGUGUAAGCACUCCAUAUCCAGUUAUUGUGGCUCGGAAUUCUGAAGAUGAGCAGAUAACAGUAUGGAUCGAUGGCUGCCAAAUUCGACAAAGCUCCAAUUACGUUGAAGCCAUUGCAGCAAUGAUAUCUUGCUAUUGGGUUUUCAAUUUAGUAAUUCCAAAAGGCAAGAAAAAGAGCUUGGGUUUCAUGGCGGCGUAUUUGCUGCAUCUGCCCAACGCAGAACUGCCAAUGGCUGUAGUAAAACUUGUGAACAAACUGUAGUAACAAAUUGACCCAAAAAUGCAACCCGUAAAUUUCUUCAUUACUUCUACGAAGAUGGAUUAAAACAGGGGUGCACAACUCAAAUGAGGACAUGUGUCAAAUUUUUCAAAAUAAUCUUGUCGCUUGCCACGCGCAAUUGUUGGUAUUGUAAAUUAACUCUGUAAAACAGACAAAUUUCAAUAAUA